AUGACGUACAGAGUAAACAAAAAACGCGUGAUUCUGUUUACUACCUUCGCCCUCACCUUUGCCGUCGGCGCCCUGGUCCUUCUACCCGACAGGUCCUCCUCGAGAGACUAUGAGCGCGUCCAGGCAGAGCGAUUGGCCUUGUUAGCGAAAGAAUGUAGCAAAGAACCGAGGCCGAGUAGCGCUGUUUACGAGCGAAUUCUUGCUCAGUUAGCGAGAAGGUUCGAAAUCGUGGACAAAUACCGUGUGUCGAACUGCAUGGUCCUCAAAGCAGGAUUCACGGCGUGGAAUGCUCUCUUGGCCUACGUCCUCGGCAGGCAAGAUCUCAUUGAUGGCCAUCAAACUUAUAUGAUGAGCAGGGUCCUGAAGGGCAGCACAGCCAAAUUCUCCUCGAUAAACACCUCUCCUGAUUUCACGAGGUUUGUCGUAGCGAGGGAGCCCCUGUCGCGCCUCCUGUCAGCCUUCAGAGACAGGAUCGAUGCCGCGUAUGAGACGGGAGCUGCCAAUCGCUUUAUUCCGCUGAUUUUGACCUUCACGAGAGGGAUGGGAUACAAACCAACCUACGACAACGGUACCAAGGUCAUGCCUUCCUUCGAGGAAUUUCUCAGGUACAUCGCCUCCGUGGCCCCCGAAUCACACGACCCCCACUGGAGACCAAUAACCCUGCAGUGCGGUGCUUGUUACGUUAACUACACACUCAUAGCCCACGCCGAAACCCUCAAUGAAGACUUAGGCUAUAUCCUCAGAGAGACGGGGAUGGAGAAGGACGCCGACUACACCAUCCUCCUGUACAAUUCGCACAAGGGCAGAGGCAACACGAGCGACCUUCUGGAGAACUACUACAGCACCGUCGGUCCCCCUCUUAUGCGGAAGAUCCUGGCGAUCUACAGGAAGGAUUUUACAAUGUUUGGUUACGAUCCCUCGGACUUCCUGAAGAUGUACCCAGACGGCAGCGUGGUGUGGAACCCUUAG